AUGUCUCCGUUGCCGGCGGCGGACCAUCAAGCCAGUUCGCAGGGAUGCAGCACGUCCUGCGCUACCACCAAAAGCUACUUCUACAGCGGCAUCUACGCCUGA